AUGGAAUCAGAUAUCAAGGAACCACUCAAACUACCAUGCGGUUUAGUCCUGCCCAAUCGCUUGGUGAAAGCUGCUAUGGCCGAAGGAAUGGCAGAGAAGAGCCAUUUACCUGGCACGCGGAUUUCUUGCGUCUACGGUGAAUGGGCAAAGGGCGGAUGGGGUGCCCUUCUCACGGGUAUGAAGAUCGUUUUUGAGUCGGUUUUGGCGUUGAAUCUAAUGAUGUGGGAAGGAAAUAUACAGGUCGAUGUUCGUCAUCUAGGGGGCUACGGUGAUCUGGCUACACGUGAGUAUCAAGAAGAUGAGUGGCAAUCAUUCUAUGCUUGGAAGCAAUACGCAGAUACCUGUCAACAACACGGUACACCCGCGGUCGCUCAGAUAUGUCACCCUGGCCGCCAGUCCCCGAGAGGUGCAGGUGAACGGGGCUUUUUUGGGAAAGCUAUUGCGCCGAGUGAAAUUCCCCUCGAUAUCGGAAAUGGGUGGGUUGCGGCUAUUGUCAAGAACAUGGUUUUUGGGGUGCCAAAAGCUAUGUCCCGUUCCGAUAUUGGUCGGGUCAUCGCCCAGUUUAGCAAUAUUCGUCAAGAUGAAUAUGGUCCUAGCGCUGAAGGACGAGCCCGUAUUGUUCUUGAAAUCAUCCACCAGAUUCGAAGGGCUGUUCCUGCCACAUUCUGCGUCGGGAUCAAGCUGAACUCCGCCGAUCAUGAUACAUCAGAAUUUGAAGAAACCAUGACUCAGAUUCGUUUCUUUUCUGAGGCCGGUGUGGACUUUCUAGAAAUAUCUGGCGGAAGUUAUGAAGACCCAACGAUGAUGGGCCGCGGGCUGCGAGACGAAACUAGCAACGUCAAGAGUGAAGAUACAGAACACCGGGAAGCCUUUUUCUUGGAUUUUGCGACACAAACAAGGAAGCGAUUCCCGAACCUCGUUCUUUUACUCACUGGAGGAUUUCGAACCCGCAAGGGAAUCGAGGCCGCGUUGAAGGGUGGCGUUUGCGACAUUGUUGGUAUCGGCCGUCCAGCAGUUCUCAACCUGGACUUCCCACUGCUCAUGAUGGAUGAUAUAUACUCUGACCAAGAAGCCCGGGUGGUGUUUUCUAAAGUUCCAAUCCCAUUCUUGGCGAGGCUACUCAAAAUCAGAAUGUUGGGUGGAGGCGCAGAAACACAAUACUUCCGUGGUCAAAUUCACCGCAUAGCCGCUGGACUUGUUCCACAUGCACCAUAA